AGCGCGAGGAAGACGAGCUCAAAAUGCGUUGAUAUCAGUGUUUCCUGCGAGUCCUUACACAACUUCCGGCAUGUCGGAUAAUCAAAGCAUCAGCUGUUAUGGCCAAGAUGGCGCAUCAGCUGGCAGAAGUGGAGGCUCCCCUGGACACAAACCAAGCCGGGGAGCAAGGAAAGGGUGUUUUGAGGCGCUGUAGGGGGCGACCCAGACUCACAGACUCCGACCGAGCGCAGAGGCGGCUGGAAUCCAGAAAGAAGUACGAUGUCAGGAGGGUGUACCUCGGAGAGUCGCACAAGCUGUGGAGUGAUCUCCGCAGGCGGACCGGUCUGAGCGACGCCGGGCUGGCAGAAUAUCUCAUCCUACUCAACUCCACCUAUGGAGAAAAAUACCAGCAGAAAUACUGCGGGAAGAAGAUUGCCCCAGAAGUCUCGGCAAAACAGAAAAGAGGCAGGAAGCAAUGUGUGUCCAGCCUCCAGAGCCUGGUGUGUUGGUACCAGCAGCACUCACACUCUUGCCCACACGAGCCCCAGCUUAGAGCUCUAGAGACCCAGUCCAACUUCUCCACCUCUGCAGUCUGGCAAUGUGAAGGCAACCACUCGUUUGUGCAAUACCUUUUCUCACCUCUGGGGGAGGCAAGUGACUCUGAGGGAGUGAACAGGGACAGCGAUGGAGAGUGUGCAGUCAAAACAGACGUGUCUGUAGCAAAAAACAUAGUAAGCCGGAAGAGAAGGAAGGAGGCUCACAGACAGUUGAAAGAUGUGGGAGAAAAUGUGGAUGUUUCUGAGGAACAUCAGGAAACUGUAAGCCAGGUAGAAGAGGUUGUAGCUCCAACCCCUGAAGCCAGCGUAGUGGCCUCUUCCAAGGGAGCUCCGCUGACAGGACAGUCUAUCUGGGAAGUGGAGAUGGUGCGACAGCAAGGCUCCCUCACAGCGGCUUUUCACUCUGUCCCCACAGAGGAAGAGGAGGAGACUGAAGAUCUGAGGCAAGGUAAGGAUGGAGGGGAAGAAGAACGCCUCAGAGAAGAGGAAGUCAGGACUGUUAGGCACGAUUACGAGUGCGUUAUGACGGCAUCCUUAGCUGAUGACCUUGACAAGUCUGAUGAGGACUUGGUGCUGUCGCAGAGCCUGAGUGGCUCAGUGCGCCUGGGUGCUCAGACAGAACUGUCAGUCCCACCGACCAUGCAGGUCCAAGAGCAGAGCGAACUGUUUGAGCCUCAGACUCUGCAAACGGUGGUGACUGGCUGUGAGAUUCCUGACCAGAGGACGGCUUUGGAGGGCUCACAGUUAAUUAUCAUCACUGGCCCCAGCUACGAAGCCCUGGCAUCCGAGGGAAUCCAACUCAACAUGGGAGGCGGAAAUGUGGAGGAAGUCACCUGCACCGUCAUCGGGGGCGUCACCUACAACCAGGUGUGCACGGCUGACUCGAAAAUCAGAACAGCAGAGGAUGAGGACUCCAUGACAGGUUUGACUGACAAACAACUGCUGCAGCCCAGUGUUGACACUUUGGAGCUGGGCAGUGACAGACAGCUGCAGAGGAGUCUGAGCAGGUCAAAGAGAAGCAGACGAGGACCGGUGAUCGAGGCUGAUGGGAUGGUCAAGAUGUUCCACUGUCCGUACGAGGGCUGCAGUCAAGUCUAUGUAGCAAUUAGCAGCUUUCAGAAUCACGUGAACCUAGUUCACAGGAAAGGAAGGACAAAGGUUUGUCCCCACCCUGGCUGUGGAAAGAAAUUCUACCUGUCGAACCAUCUGCAUCGCCACAUGAUCAUCCAUUCUGGCGUUAGAGAUUUUAUCUGUGAGACUUGUGGAAAGUCAUUUAAACGCAAAAAUCACCUGGAGGUUCACAGGCGGACCCACACAGGAGAAACACCACUCCAAUGUGAAAUCUGUGGCUACCAGUGUCGCCAGCGCGCAUCCCUGAACUGGCACAUGAAGAAACACACUCCAGAAGCCCACUACAACUUCACCUGUGAGUUCUGUGACAAGAGGUUCGAGAAGCUGGACAGUGUCAAAUUCCACAAGUUAAAGAGUCACCCAGACAAGCAGGCAACCUGAGGUGCAUAAGCAUUACUGGCUGGACACCUCUGAGACCAAAGGAAGUCUUCCAGUGAAGAGAGAGACUUUGCCGCGUCUGUAUUGCCUUGCACGUCCAGGGCGAUGAACAUCAGCCGUGUUUUUACAGGCUGAGGAUGAAGGCAGGAGUGAUUCGGACUAACAGCUGUGCAGGACGCAUGCUGUGUCAGAGGCUAAUUUCCUCAUUUGGUAAAGAGUGAUUCCUAAAUAUUUCAAGCAACUGUUCACUUACCAGACUUGGCAAAAUCAGCCAGAAUUAAUUUGAUAUGUUUUCUGUUUUUGUUUUGUUUUUCAGGACAAUUUCCGAUAUUAAAAAAGAAGAAGUGAUUAAACGUAGCUGUAAACAUUAGCAAGGCUCGUUAACUAGCUUGCUAGUAACUGUUGCUUUCUGAGCUAGUUGUGCUUUGUUACAUGUUCAUUUUUAUUUGGGGUUACGGAUUAAGUAAAAGAACCGGUCACGUUCAUGACCAGCCCACACACCGUGUAGUAUUUCCCCACUCUGUGGGAACCAAUUCAGGAUGCUUCUAGAUCUGAGAUUUGGCUAAUUUUUUUCAGCAACCAUAUUUGUUUCCUUUGGCGUGAGCAGACAGUCGUGUAAUAAUAAAUGUUUUUGUAGGCUCUGGAAAGUGUCCUGCAGUUACAUAAAGGGCAUAUUGAAAACAUACAAAAAAAAAUGUUUUUUGGUUUUUUUUUUAACUUUAGUAUGAUCAGUUCAUUAAUGUGUAACCAUGAAGAUCUCUGUUUCCUUAAACAAUUCAGUUCAGUUUCAUUUAUACAAUGCUAAAUCCCAAAAGCUGUCACCUUAAGGUGCUUUAAAUAGUAAAAUCAAUAUAAAGUCCAGCAAUCAGAUGACCCCAUAUAAGCAAGCACUUUGCAAAAGUGGGAAGGAAAAACUCCCUUUUAACAGGAAGAAACCUCCAGCAGAACCAGACUCAGGGAGGGGCAGCCAGCUUUAACUGGUUGUGGGUGAGUGGAGGAAAACAGGACAUUUAAGUAUAGCUAAACUCAAAUUCGCAGUCCUUUUCUGAAGCACCAUUGCUACGUUUGAAUCGAUCCCUGGAAGUUUCAUUCUGACCACUUACAUCUGCGCUCCUGGUAAAAUCGACUUUCGUGUCAAGAUGACUAAGAAAGUAUUUUCAGCUCCUUUGUUAUUUUCCAAGUUGAUGAAUUUGCAGGUUUUAAUUUAGCACAGAUAUUAUGUGAGGUUGGUGCAGCUCUAGCAAAUAUCUUGCCUUGGGAGCAGUACCAGGACUACACUAGCUUUGGACCCCCUGAGGCUGGGUUUGUGUCUCCUCCUGGAGUUGAUUUGGUGAUCUUUUGCACAUAAGGUGAAUGUGCUAGCCACUACACCAUGGACUCACUAGACUGACCCAUGAGUCAUAACUGUUAAGGAGACCUGUAUCUCUGUCUGUGACCUGGAAAACAAACAACCAUUUUCAGUUUUCUUUGUCAUUUACAAGUUAGAGUAUAAAGUCCUGAGCUAUCUGAUUAGUUGGAAAUGGCCUCCUCAAACACAGCAACUAUUGUUUGCUCUCUGUCAGUGCAGUAAAAUUCAAAUUUUUAUCCAUCCUGACAAAGUUAAUUCACAACCCUUCUACUUGCUUCAUUUGGCUUCCUGCUUAUUCGCCAAAACUAAAUUCAAAUUGCAGAGAGGAGCGAUUUGCUUUUAAUGGGCAGAAUCACAGAACUGAUCGAUCCAGGUAACAUAACUGGUCUGUAGGUUGUGUCUGUCUACACUGCAUGUACAGAUUCAAAUGUAGGCUUUUCUGUUCCAGUCACUCAAAGCGACUGUUAGCUACGUUGCUCGGGAGAGCAGUAUUUAUUUGACCACCCCAGUUUCUCCGACUCCCAGAGUCCAAUGGGAAAGCAUGUGAGAUUGAUGUGACAGUUUCUCAGGAAAAUUCACCUUUGUCUUCUGUGAUUUUUUUUUUUUUUUUUUUUAAAGAAAAUGCACUUUUUCCUCUGUUCUGUCACUUUGGCUAACUGGUGAAUCAGUAAAAAAUAUGUCACUAUGA